CCCGCCCGGCUGUGACGGCGGCACAAUGGCGGCGCCCGUGGCCCCGCCGCGUCCCGUCACCCACCUGCUCUUCGACAUGGACGGCCUCCUCCUGGAUACCGAGCGGCUCUAUUCAGUGGUGUUCCAGGAAAUAUGUGACCGCUACGGAAAGAAAUACAGCUGGGAGAUCAAGUCCCUGGUCAUGGGGAAAAAGGCGCUAGAGGCAGCGCAGAUCGUCAUAGACGUCCUGCAGCUCCCCAUGUCCAAAGAGGAGCUGGUGGAAGAAAGCCAGGUGAAGCUGAAGGACGUGUUCCCCACCGCGGGUCUGAUGCCAGGCGUGGAGAAGCUGAUCCACCACCUGCGAGAGCAUGGCGUGCCCGUGGCCGUGGCCACCAGCUCCGGCUGCGCGUCCUUUGAGAUGAAGACCAGCCGACACAGGGAGUUCUUCAGCCUGUUCGACCACAUCGUUUUGGGUGAUGACCCCGAAGUGAAGAGUGGGAAACCGGACCCCGACAUCUUCCUAGCCUGUGCGAAGAGAUUUUCUCCUCCGCCUCCCGUGGAGAAGUGCCUCGUGUUUGAAGACGCUCCCAACGGCGUGGACGCGGCCCUUGCAGCUGGCAUGCAGGUGGUCAUGGUUCCGGAUCGGAACCUGCAGCGACACCUGACGUCCAAGGCCACCCUGGUGCUGGAUUCCCUGCAGGACUUCCAGCCCGAGCUGUUCGGUUUGCCGCCCUACGCGUGAGCGGCCCGCCCUGCCUCCCGGCCGCACGGCGCCCCCUCGGCUGAACCCCGGCACCCAGGAGAUCGCCACGUGACCGGUCCUUCCAGCCCGUGAACUCGACCUUCUAUCCCCCGUGGCCUCGGCAUGGUGGACCCGCACUGACAAGCCACGUCCCAGCUGAGACACAGCCCAGCAGACACGGCCCAGGACAGGGACCGAAACGCUCAUUUCCAUAAUCAUACACCCUGGGCGGUGACCGUACGGUGUCGUGGCCUCGCACUGGUCAUGGAAGAGUCCGCUACGGCCAGGACACACGCUUGCGUGACCGUGCUCGUGCAUGUGUGUGUACGUGUGCCUGCGUAUGUACACGUACUUACACGAAGGCACGUUUGUGUAAAAUACAUCCUUUUCCAAGACCAAACUAAAUCCUCUCUGUGUUUCUUUAUUUUCAUUUUCGGUUUUUCUAAACCCUGGCUGGAAAACGUAAGAUACAUGUGUAUGCUUACACAUACGGGUGUGUGCAUAUGGACGUAGGUACAUAUACGUUACAUUUAUAUCCUUCCUUUACAACGUCGCUUUUUAAAGUGCGGGUCUUAAUGUGCCAUAGCGGCUGACCGAAGGGAGCUCAUCGCUGCAUUUCAUUUGUGAUCUGAGUGGAAACGCCGUGUCAGGAACGGACACGGAGAAGUCCUUCUCCUUAUUAGCAAAAUUGACCAUCUUCUGUGCCCUCAAGACUUCUCGGUGGACCUCCGCUCAGAGGUGGUGCCCUCAGAACCUCUCGGUGGACCUCCGCUCAGAGGCUGUGCCCCUAGAACCUCUCGGUGGACCUCCGCUCAGAGGCGGUGCCCUCAGAACCUCUCGGUGGACCUCCGCUCAGAGGCCGUGCCCCUAGAACCUCUCGGUGGACCUCCGCUCAGAGGCCGUGCCCCUAGAACCUCUUGGUGGACCUCCGCUCAGAGGCCGUGCCCCAGAACCUCUCGGUGGACCUCCGCUCAGAGGCUGUGCACUCAGAACCUCUCGGUGGACCUCCGCUCAGAGGCCGUGCCCCAGAACCUCUUGGUGGACCUCCUCAGAGGCUGUGUGCUCAGAACCUCUGGUGGACCUCCGCUCAGAGGCCGUGCCCCAGAACCUCUCGGUGGACCUCCGCUCAGAGGCUGUGCCCCUAGAACCUCUCGGUGGACCUCCGCUCAGAGGCUGUGCCCCUAGAACCUCUCGGUGGACCCCCGCUCAGAGUCUGUGCACUCAGAACCUCUCAGUGGACCUCCGCUCAGAGGCCGUGCCCCUAGAACCUCUUGGUGGACCUCCGCUCAGAGGCCGUACCCCUAGAACCUCUCGGUGGACCUCUGCUCAGAGGCUGUGCCCCUAGAACCUCUCGGUGGACCUCCGCUCAGAGGCCGUACCCCUAGAACCUCUCGGUGGACCUCUGCUCAGAGGCCGUGCCCUCUGAACCUCUCGGUGGACCUCCACUUAGAGGUCCAUUUUGCACUGUGCCGUCGGUACUUUAUUUUCAGUAGGAAGAUUACUGUGGGCUGUAUCUUACCUUCACCUAGGUGCAUGUGCACAUUUGAGGAUACGGUUUCUAUCUCACAAAAAACCAUCCCCCUCCUCGAAAAACAGACGGUUGUCUAACAUAGCCUUUGACCCAAAUGUAAUUUGAAUUCAGAAUACAUACCUAGUGUGACCAAGAGCCUUAUUAGCACAUCUCUGGGAUCGUUUACCCAACAAUGUUACACUUUGGCAGUGAACCCCUUUUUUUACUAGAUUUACUCGACCUUUUGUGGUGGGAACGUGGAGAAAGGCAUUAGAAUAUGGGAAAAGCUGUCCCUGGGAGCACCUGCCAGCUGAUGUGUCAUUGUCAAUGGAGCUAAUUUCCAACUAGGAGUGGUAGCAAAGUCAUGGUAAUGGAUCCAGGUGUGCCCAGUGUUGGUUCUCUGCUGAUGGUUCCUCUGGCAGUUGAUCAGUUUUAUAUCUGUUCAGCAAAUUCAUUUCGGCAUUAUUGAUUGUCAGAGUAUGCAUCUGUUCUCAUUUCCCCCUCAGACCUGCUGUAACAUCUUACCGGGUCCCUCACCAGUUAUUUGAGUUGAAUAAAAUCCUUGACAUCAGUUCACGUUA